GAGAGCAGGGAGCGUCUGGAGAGCCUGGUCAGGCGGCUCCGUCUCUGAUGAAGGAUCCGCUCGCUCGGUGUGCGCGCUAUUAAAGCUGGACACACACACACACACAUACACACACACACACACACACACACAGGAUAAGGUUGUGUUUUUGGGAUAACGCGGCUCCCCCUCCCUGUGGAUUCUGGCUGACUGUCCUCUCUUCCCCUCUGUGGAUUUUACAGCUCCGGCUCCUUCUGAAUGAAGCGUCUUUAUUCCGGGAUGUGCGCCGCGCCGAGCCGCUCUCUGCACGGGUGACUCCUCGUCCUCCACUCGCAAAGCUGCGCGUUCUACUAAAUGAAACUGCGCUCAUCCCGCUGGCGCCCUGCAGCUUCUUAUGCCGUCGCCUGUAAUUUAAUUUCGUCCGACAAUGCUGCAGUUCUCUUAACUGCAUUUUUCCAAUUUACGCCGACAAAGCGUGGGCGUUAAUUAUCUCUUAAAAAAAAAAAAAAAGAAAGAAAAAAAGAAAGAAAGAAAAGAAAACCAAAAACAGGAAAGUUGGGUGCGUAAAGUUUUGGAGACGGUAGAUAUGGCGAUGGUGGCGUGGAGGAACACCGAGGAGGAUGUCGGGGGCACCCAGGGGACCCUGUCCUCCCCGGUGUCCCAGGUCGGAGCUCUGGCUCUGCCCGGGGAGCUGACGGGACACCUGAACCCGGCUCCCUCUCUGGAAAUACCCCCAGCGGCAGCGACAGCGCCCCAGGGCGCACCGCCGGCACCCAACCCAUCGAACAACGGCACCAACAGCACCAACACGUCCUCCUCGUCCUCUUCCUCUUCCUCCAUGGACAAGCAGCAGAGCCAGCAGAUCGAGUGCAUCGUGUGCGGGGACAAAUCCAGCGGGAAGCACUACGGACAGUUCACAUGUGAGGGAUGUAAGAGCUUCUUCAAGCGCAGCGUCAGGCGGAACCUGACCUACAGCUGCAGGGCCAACAGGAACUGUCCCAUAGACCAACACCACCGCAACCAGUGCCAGUACUGCCGCCUCAAGAAAUGCCUCAAAGUCGGCAUGAGGAGGGAAGCCGUGCAGCGAGGCCGGGUGGUUCCGGCGCAGUCCUACCACGGCCAGUUCGCCCUGACCAACGGAGACCCUCUGCAGUGCCACUCCUACCUGUCCGGGUACAUCUCCCUCCUCCUGCGGGCCGAGCCCUACCCGACCUCCAGGUUCGGCUCGCAGUGCCUCCAGAACAACAACCUCAUGGGCAUCGAGAACAUCUGCGAGCUGGCGGCCCGGAUGCUGUUCAGCGCGGUGGAGUGGGCCCGCAACAUUCCCUUCUUCCCGGACCUGCAGGUGCCGGACCAGGUGGCCCUGCUGCGCCUCACCUGGAGCGAACUGUUCGUCCUGAACGCCGCGCAGUGCUCCAUGCCCGUCCACGUCGCCCCGCUGCUGGCCGCCGCGGGCCUCCACGCCUCGCCCAUGUCCGCCGACAGAGUGGUGGCCUUCAUGGAUCACAUCCGGGUCUUCCAGGAGCAGGUGGAGAAGCUGAAGGUCCUGCAUGUGGACUCUGCAGAGUACAGCUGCAUCAAGGCCAUCGUCCUCUUCACCUCAGAUGCGUGCGGCCUGUCGGACGCGGCCCACGUGGAGGGCCUGCAGGAGAAAUCCCAGUGCGCUCUGGAGGAGUACGUGAGGAGCCAGUACCCCAACCAGCCCACGCGCUUCGGGAAGCUGCUGCUGCGGCUGCCGUCGCUCCGCACCGUCUCCUCGUCCGUCAUCGAGCAGCUCUUCUUCGUCCGCCUGGUGGGAAAAACCCCCAUCGAGACUCUGAUCAGGGACAUGCUGCUGUCGGGCAGCAGCUUCAACUGGCCCUACAUGCCCAUCCAGUAGAGGAGGAGGGGCCACGGGCGGUGCUACGGAGGCCAGGAGGGGUCAAACGGGGCGGAGCGGCUCGUCUCGUCCUGCGGCCGCGGCUCCAAAGCAACACAGACGCGCCGUCAGGGUGAGAUGACGUCAGUCACGACCGGGCGGGAGCCGGGCGGCCCCCCCCGUUUCAACACGACUGACGCUUGUUUCCGGAAAAAAUCCCUGA